AAUUAUUGCCAUUUAAGAAAUCUUUUUUAACUUAGUUUUUGAAUCUUUGUCUUGAGAUCUAUACUUAAAACAACUUCAGUUUAAGUAAUGUCCUAGGUUGAAAAAAACAGUUAAAAACCAGACAAAAUAAAAUUAUUGCUCAAGGUAAUAUAUAGUUGAUACAUAGCUUGUCCUUCUGAUGGCAAAGCAAGCCUGCCAAGCAAUUUUUAUUUACUUAUACCAAGGCAAGGCAGGGUCUAUUUUCUGAGGUUAAAACAUAUCUUUAGUAUGUUUGAAUUAGGAGGUUUCAAAAGACAAAUUCAGAGAUUCCUUAACACAAAGUAUUGUUAGAUCCAAGUUUUGGUGGACUUAUAAAUACCUUCAUGCAAGAAUGGGCAGGAAAAAAACAGGAACAAAAGAUCCUUACUUGAAGUUCAAGCCUGAUGAUAAUUGGCAAAAUUUACAUAUCUAUCCUUUAUCCACAUUAGCUAAUAACUUCAUAAGUAGAAUAAAAGCUUUUGGAAAGAUAUGCAAAUUAAAACUUUUUUUUUUUUGCUCCGAAGAGAUUUAAUCCUGAGAAGUGCUUUUUCUGCACAGAUCACUGAUAAGAUUAAAUAUUAACUAAUUUUCACAUUAAGAAGGUCAACAUCAAAUUUCAGAAUUAUGUUUCUGUUAUACUUAGUCCAUAAACUAAUUGUUUAGUUUAAAGAAGAGAUUAUGCUUUGAUUAUUAAUAAAUGAAUGUACCUUACAUCUCAUAAACAUACUUGAAUGUCACGAACUUGAUUUCAAUUGAAGAAGCCAAGUUCAUCUGUUUUCUCCUCUCAUUGGUCCAUCUCUAGCCAUGAUGAACUGAACAUAAAGGGGCUGGCUUUAAAAAUAGAGAUGUAUUAAAAAAGAAAAAAGCACCAUUAUUGGAUUUGCUAAUGAUACUUGUUGCUAAAUUCCUGUAAUUGGUCUAGCUAUAAUGCUAAAUGUGUUUACAGCUAUUUGACUAUAUAAAAAUGUUUCCGACCAGAAGUCAGAAGUCUGGGUCAACCUGAAAAUGUUUCUGAAAAGUUGUAUGUAAAUUGUUUUAAAAUACUAUUGGGGAACUUAAAUAAUUCCUUUGAGAAUGUUUUGAUAAAUUCUUGGAAAGCAUAAAAAAGGUUUUAUAAUGCAACUAAACUUCUUAGCUUUAUUAUACAGAUAGCCCCAGGUCUCUAGUGUAAGAUGGAGUUCUGCAACAUAAUUCUUAUAGGCUGUGAUUUAUGAUAUAACUGGGAUUACUAAACACUGGCACUUUCAGUCUGGGGUAAAGUGAAUGUAGCAGAAUUGUUGCCAUUAACUUCUAUAUGUUUAUUCUACAGAUUGUUCUAUGCUGAACUGAUCAAGCACUUUGAACAUGACUUCAAAACUUCUCUGGGCAUCCUUCAUACUUGCUACAUUAACAUUUGCAACUCCACUUUCCCUACACCCAGACCAGCAAAAGGUUCUGCUAGUUUCAUUCGAUGGAUUCCGUUGGGAUUACUUAUAUAAAGUUCCAACACCCCAUUUUCACUAUGUUAUGAAAUACGGUGUUCAUGUGAAGCAAGUUACUAAUAUUUUUAUUACAAAGACGUACCCUAAUUUUUAUACUUUGGUAACUGGCCUCUUUGCAGAGAGUCAUGGGAUUGUUUCAAAUGACAUGUUUGAUCCUAUCCUGAACAAGUCUUUCUCCUUGGAUCACAUGAAUAUUUAUGAUUCUGAGUUUUGGGAAGAAGCAACACCAAUAUGGAUCACAAAUCAAAGGGCAGGACAUACUAGUGGUGCGGCAAUGUGGCCUGGAACAGAUGUAAAAAUACACAAGAGCUUUCCCACUCACUACAUGCCUUACAAUGAGUCUGUUUCAUUUGAAGAUAGAGUUGACAAAAUUAUUGAAUGGUUUACAUCAAAAGAGCCUAUUAAUCUUGGUCUUCUGUAUUGGGAGGACCCAGAUGACAUGGGCCACCAUUUGGGGCCUGAUAGUCCACUCAUGGGGCCAGUCAUUUCAGAUAUUGACAACAAGCUAGGCUAUCUCAUAAAAAUGUUAAAAAAGGCAAACUUGUGGAACACCCUGAACCUAAUCAUCACAAGCGAUCAUGGAAUGACACAGUGUUCUGAGAACCGGAUAAUAGAACUUGACCAGUAUCUGGAUAAAGACCACUAUAUCCUCAUUGACCAAUCUCCAGUAGCAGCCAUCUUGCCAAAAGAAGGUAAAUUUGAUGAAGUCUACGAAGCUCUAGCUCAUGCGCAUCCUAAUCUUACUGUCUACAAAAAAGAGGAGAUUCCAGAAAGAUGGCAUUACAGACACAACGAUCGAAUUCAACCAAUCAUAGCAGUGGCUGACGAAGGGUGGUAUAUUUUACAGAAUAAGUCAGAUGACUUUCUGCUAGGUAGCCACGGUUAUGAUAAUGCAUUACCAGAAAUGCAUCCAAUGUUUUUAGCCCACGGUCCUGCCUUCAGAAACAAUUUCACAAAAGAAUCCAUGAACUCCACAGAUCUGUACCCACUGUUGUGCCACCUCCUCAAUAUCACUGCCAUGCCACACAAUGGAUCCUUCCAGAAUGUCCAGGAUCUGCUCAAUUCAGCAACUCCAAGAACAACUCCUUAUAUGAAGAGUACUACCUUCCUCCAUGGUAGUAUCAAACCAAAAGAAUAUGAACAAGAAGAGUCAUAUGCUUAUUUCAUAGGGGUCUCUCUUGGUAGCAUUAUAGUUAUUGUCUUUUUUGUGAUUUUCAUUAAACAUCUAAUUCACAGCCAAAUACCUGACUUGCAAGAUAUGCAGGCUGAAAUAGCUCAACCAUUACUACAUGCCUAAUGCUACUUUGUAAUGGAGAGUUCAUAAUUAUUUGUGUUUAAAGGUUUGAAAUUCUAGGAAACUCAUUUCAGACAUGUGCACAGACCAUCAAGCAGUUAUACAGAUACACAGAUAGUGUCUGCUGUCUCUCUCUCUUUCUCUGUCACACACACACACACACAUACAUGGACCAAAAUACAAAUAAUUGCAAAAGACUAACAAUGUGAAAGUAUGUCCAUGUUCUCUCUAGUUUAGGGGUAGAUAAGAUCCUGCUUUAUUUGACGUGGCACGUAGAAUGUAUUACAAAGCAAGUUUGCACUAUUUGAAGUAUUUACUAUAUUGUACUUUAAAUUACUCUCCUAAAGAGUACUUUUAUUUGAAAUGUACUUUAUGGACAAUUAUGUCUUAUAAUUUAGUUGAAAAAGACAACUUUUUAUGCCCAUGCCACAGAACACAUUAUUACUUGUUCAAAGUGAAUGACAUUUCCAAUAAUUACUGAGCAAUGUAGAAAUCUAUCUCUUUAUACUGGGAAGGCAAGAAGAAAGUGAAAACUGUUUAAAAUUAAAUGUGACAACCUUUGUACCUUGAUUUUUGGAGAAAGGCAUUCCUAACAGCAGGUUACAUUUGUGGAUAUUCCUUGUCAUAUUUUUCCAAAGGACAUGGUUUUCAUUUUAUUUUUCCCACACAAAUAUUGAUAGUUUCAUUCUAAACAUUAUUGCUUCUGCCAUAAAAUUAUUGCUAUUUCCUGUUUAGUCAUUGUACUCUGAUUUUUAUAAGAAUGGGGGCACCAUGAAUAUAUAUUUCUUUCCUAUGUAGUCCAGCAAUAGCCUGAAUAGAAGUAAGAGAUCGGGCAUCGUCUCAGUAAUGUUUUCUCUUGUUCUGUAAUUAUUUGGUUCUUUGAAAACAAAAUCACUAUUAAUCACAUUAAAAGUCAAAUUAAAUAUUUUUUUUCUCUUUUUUUUUCUUUUGGCAACAUGUAGUAACAGAGCACAAGCAUAUUACAAAUUUGAGCAUUUGCAGAUUCAGAGUUGCAAAAAGCAUAAACCGUAGUAGGUAGGUAAAACAUGGGCCAAUUAAGGCUUGGAAAGAGCUGUCUGAAGCUAAAAAAAAAAAUUAGACCAGCCCAUGUCUGGGAUGUUCACAUUGUACCCAGAACAAUGCUAAAGGGUGCCUUUUUGUUGUUAGUUGCCACUGAUUCCAACUCAUAGGGACCCCAUAUGUGCAGAAUAGAUCUGCUCCAUAGAGUUCUCAAGGCUGUGAAAAAGGUGCAAAACGUUGAAAAGACUAGCAAAAUUGAGGCAUUAGGUAUUGAAACACAAAGAAGAUGAGAUUAUAGCCCUGUUUCAAGAAAUAUUUGAAUACAAUCUGCCAAAUACUCAAGUGGAAUCAAAGAUAAAUCCAAGUUCACAAAUAGACUUCUACCUCCUGGUUAGUAUCUUUCACCUGCCUGCUCAUCUCAGCCCCUCUCAUUCCAACAGCCUAAAGCUGUGCUUUAGAUCUUCCACGUAAUCUGAAAACAAGAAGUUUGGGAGAGGCAUGCUAUUUCCUAUGGCUUCUUAGAGGAAAGAGGAACCCUGGAAAGAAAUGGUUUACUUGAAGAAAAUAGAAAACCAGUUCACAGACACAUGGCCCAUAAACAAUGUGAUUUGAUGCAUAUUUAUGGACCAAUUGGCUAAUAAGUAGAUAAAAUGACAUCAGAAAGGAAAAAUUAGAUGUGAACAACAAAAGUGACAUAGUUAAAAAAAAAAAAAAGUAACUGAAGUGCUUCCUAAAAUAAA